AUGGAUACCACCCAGGCUCCGCAUAUUCUGGAGACAGAUUUCUUUAGCGACGCGCGGGUUGAGUUGCUACAUGAACUCGACGGCCUUUUCGACAACACGCCUGUUUCUCGAGGACUGUGGGCUUUCUUAUGGCUAGCUGACAUCGAUAAAUUGAAAGAACUCGUUGCGGGGGCACGAACCAACGCUGAGAUGCAGUACGUUUACCUGCAGGCGCUUAUCAAAGAGGGACAGGUAGUGAAACACUGGACUCAAAAAAGCCGGCAAUCCUCUGCAGCAUCAACUCCCUGCCCAUCUUCACCUGCCCCUGCCCCUAGCCCGGCUCCACACGGGCAUAAACGCAAGUUAGGAGAGAUCUUUAGGUCAUCAACCGAAGUUGAUAAGUGCCUCGAACGCGAUGGCAACAAAUGCAUUGUCACCGGUGCCGGUAGGCCUGUAGAAGUGGCUCAUAUUUUUCCAUUCGCAAUGCGAUAUCUCCAAUCACCCGAGGAAAUCAACAACCCUUAUAGCCCCUGGAAGAUUUUAAGGCGUUUCUGGGCCGAGGAUAAGGUAAACGAGUGGUUUCGAGCCAUCCAACCGACCACUGAGACCAUGAAGAAUUUGCUCUGCCUUGCGCCCAGCGUUCACAAAUAUCACGAGAGGGCCUAUUUUGCUUUGAAGCCGGUUGAGAUGAGCGAAGAUAGGACUCAACUCAAGCUUCGCUUUUACUGGCUGCCUAAUGUCAACAACCCACCAGUCAUGAGGAUCACAACAAAACCCGACAUUCCCGCGAUAAAUGACCUCAGGUUUGUCGGAGAUCAAGGAGCCCAAGUGGUAGAUAAGGUCAAGUUGUACAAUGUGCAUACGGAUCUGAGAAUUUUUAAUGGUGACAGCAUCGUGAUCAAAACCACUAACGCGGAUACACACCCGCUGCCAGAUACUGCGCUGCUUGAAAUGCAAUGGCUGCUUCAUGCGGUAACAGCCCUGUCCGGUGGAGCUGAGCCGCUUGACUUGGACGACAACUCUGAUGAUGAAUCUACAGAUAUGGCCAUGGACUUCUAUGCUAGUGAGGAUGAGGAUGCCAGCCUCCCCCCAUAG